GGGGCGAGAUGGGAUUAGGUGGAUGAAUUUUGUUCAUGAGGAUGACAUCGCAACAAUCUGAAACCUUGUUUGACUGGAAGGGAGGUAUGACCAGCCGUCAGGAAAAUAUAAGUAAUGGCUGCCGAGAGAAUUAGGCAGCACAAAAGAAGGAAAAAUGUCCCGGGCGUGCAAGGUGGCGGUGAUCGGAGCCGGAGUAUCGGGUCUGGUGGCGGGCCGGGAGCUUCUCCGGGAGGGCCACCAAGUGGUGGUGUUCGAGAAGGCGGACCGGGUGGGCGGGACCUGGGUGUACGACCCCCGGACCGACUCCGAUCCGGUCGGCCUGGACCCGUUCCGGCGGGUGGUCCAUGGGAGCCUCUACGCGUCGCUCCGCACCAACCUCCCCCGCCCGCUGAUGGGAUUCCGGGACUACCCAUUCCCGGACCCGUCGAAGACCCCUGGCGACCGGCGGGCGUUUCCGGGCCCCGAGGAGGUGCUCAGAUUUAUCGAGGCCUUCGCGCGGGACUCCGGGGUGCUCGAGGUGGUGCGGUUCCGGGCGGAGGUGGUGCGGGUGGCGAUGGGUCGGAGGAAUGACGAGUGGAUGGUGGAGUGGCAGACGGAGGCGGAGGCGGAGAAGAAGAAGGAGGAGUUCGAGGCCGUGGUGGUGUGUAAUGGGCACCACACCGAGUUCCGACGAUUGCAGGUGAGUGUAGGUAUUGAUAGAUGGCCUGGAAAGCAAGUACAUAGCCACAACUAUCGUGUUCCAGAACCAUUUCGAGACCAGAUUGUGGUUAUAAUUGGAAUGGGAGCCAGUGCCUGUGAUAUAUCUAAAGAAAUAUCAAAAGUGGCCAAAGAAGUUCACCUAGCAUCAAGAUCAACAGAUAUUGAAGCUGGAAAACUAGAUGGUCAUAUUAAUAUUUGGCAGCACUCAAUGGUAGACUCCGUUCACGAAGAUGGUAAGGUGGACUUUGUUGAUGGUUCAUCACUAAUUGCAGAUGCGAUCAUUUACUGCACAGGUUACAAGUACAACUUCCCCUUUCUAGAAAUGGAUGAUACUGUAAACAUCGACGACAACCGUGUCGGACCUCUGUAUAAGCAUGUUUUCCCUCCAAGGGUAGCCCCAUGGCUCUCUUUUGUGGGAUUACCUUAUAAGACCAUCAUUUUUCGAAUGUUAGAGUUACAGUCCAAAUGGAUAGCGCAAGUUCUGUCAAAUAAGAUUGCACUACCACCUGAAGAGGACAUGAUUACAUCUGUUAACAAUUUAUAUCUCCAAAUGGAAGAGACAGGGAAGCCGAAACACCAUACGCAUUCACUUGGUGCAGAUAAGGCUGAGUACAUGAAUUACCUUGCUGCUGAGGUUGGUGAACCACCCAUAGAGGAGUGGAGAUUCCAGAUGUAUGAUACAUUGCUCGAGAGAAUUUAUUCUCAUCAUGACGAUGGUGGGUAUCGAGACGAAUGGGAUGUUGACCAUUAGACAAAUCCAGCAACGGCAGUUACCUUUCAGAGGUUGUGCUAAUUUUAUGACGUUGAAUAUCUGUUCAAAUUACUUGUUGAAGUAAGGUGACAUAAGUUACCUACCACGUUCAACUAUCAAGAAGAGCGAGGAAAAGCAAAGAAAGUAGAUGAAAUUCAAUAAUUCAUACUUCAUGCCUUGAGACUAUUAAAUAA